AUGAGAAUACAUGAAGAAAAGAGAUUCAAAUAUAAGAUAAAUGCAUUUGCAUAUAUGGAUGAUACCACAUACAUAUCUCAAGAUAAAAAGCAAAUGGAAAAGAUAUUAAAAACAGUAGAAGAAUUCUCACAAAUAACAG